CCCGCCCGGAGGCGCCCCGGGGGCACCAUGCAGGCGCCGCCGCUGCCCUACGAGUUCUUCAGCGAGGAGAACGCGCCCAAGUGGCGGGGCCUCCUGGUGCCGGCGCUGAAAAAGGUCCAGGGGCAAGUUCAUCCUACUCUUGAGUCUAAUGAUGAUGCUCUUCAGUAUGUUGAAGAAUUAAUUUUGCAAUUAUUAAAUAUGUUAUGUCAAGCUCAGCCACGAAGUGCUUCAGAUGUAGAGGAACGUGUUCAAAAAAGUUUCCCUCAUCCUAUUGAUAAAUGGGCAAUAGCUGAUGCACAAUCAGCUAUUGAAAAGAGGAAGCGAAGAAAUCCAACUCUCCCAGUAGAAAAAAUUCAUCCUUUAUUAAGGGAGGUCCUAGGUUAUAAAAUUGACCACCAGGUUUCUGUUUACAUAGUAGCAGUGUUAGAAUACAUUUCUGCAGACAUUUUAAAGCUGGUUGGAAAUUAUGUAAGAAAUAUACGGCAUUAUGAAAUUACAAAACAAGAUAUUAAAGUGGCAAUGUGUGCUGACAAGGUAUUGAUGGAUAUGUUUCAUCAAGAUGUAGAAGAUAUAAAUAUAUUAUCUUUAACUGAUGAAGAACCUUCCACCUCAGGAGAACAAACUUACUAUGAUUUAGUUAAAGCAUUUAUGGCAGAAAUUCGACAAUAUAUAAGAGAACUAAAUCUUAUAAUAAAAGUGUUUAGAGAGCCCUUCAUCUCCAAUUCCAAAUUGUUUUCUGCUAAUGAUGUAGAAAAUAUAUUUAGUCGAAUAGUAGAUAUUCAUGAACUUAGUAUAAAAUUGCUGGGCCACAUAGAAGAUACUGUUGAAAUGACAGAUGAAGGCAGUCCCCACCCAUUAGUUGGAAGCUGCUUUGAAGAUCUUGCAGAAGAACUGGCAUUUGAUCCAUAUGAAUCAUACGCUCGAGAUAUUUUACGACCAGGUUUUCAUGAUCGUUUCCUCAGUCAGUUAUCAAAGCCCGGGGCAGCACUUUAUUUGCAGUCAAUAGGCGAAGGUUUCAAAGAAGCUGUUCAAUAUGUUUUACCCAGGCUACUGCUAGCCCCUGUUUACCACUGUCUGCAUUACUUUGAACUUCUGAAGCAGUUAGAAGAAAAGAGUGAAGAUCAAGAAGACAAGGAAUGUUUGAAACAAGCAAUAACAGCUUUGCUUAAUGUUCAAAGUGGUAUGGAAAAAAUAUGUUCUAAAAGUCUUGCUAAACGAAGACUGAGUGAAUCUGCGUGUCGUUUUUAUAGUCAACAAAUGAAGGGGAAACAACUAGCAAUCAAGAAAAUGAACGAGAUUCAGAAGAAUAUUGAUGGUUGGGAGGGAAAAGACAUUGGACAGUGUUGCAAUGAAUUUAUAAUGGAAGGAACUCUUACACGUGUAGGAGCAAAACAUGAGAGACACAUAUUUCUCUUUGAUGGCUUAAUGAUUUGCUGUAAAUCAAAUCACGGGCAGCCAAGACUUCCUGGUGCUAGCAAUGCAGAAUAUCGUCUUAAAGAAAAGUUUUUUAUGCGAAAGGUACAAAUUAAUGAUAAAGAUGACACCAAUGAAUACAAGCAUGCUUUUGAAAUAAUUCUAAAAGAUGAAAAUAGUGUUAUAUUUUCUGCCAAGUCAGCUGAAGAGAAAAACAAUUGGAUGGCAGCAUUGAUAUCUUUACAGUAUCGGAGUACACUGGAAAGGAUGCUUGAUGUAACAAUGCUACAGGAAGAAAAGGAGGAGCAAAUGAGGCUGCCUAGUGCUGAUGUGUAUAGAUUUGCAGAGCCUGACUCUGAAGAGAAUAUUAUAUUUGAAGAGAACAUGCAGCCCAAGGCUGGAAUUCCAAUUAUCAAAGCAGGAACUGUUAUUAAACUUAUAGAAAGACUUACAUACCAUAUGUAUGCAGAUCCCAAUUUUGUUCGGACAUUUCUUACAACAUACCGAUCCUUUUGUAAACCUCAAGAAUUAUUGAGUCUUGUAAUAGAAAGGUUUGAAAUUCCAGAGCCUGAGCCAACAGAAGCCGAUCGGAUGGCUAUAGAGAAUGGAGAUCAACCCCUGAGUGCAGAACUAAAAAGGUUUAGAAAAGAAUAUAUACAGCCUGUGCAACUGCGGGUGUUAAAUGUUUGCCGGCACUGGGUAGAGCACCACUUUUAUGAUUUUGAAAGAGAUGCAGAUCUUUUGCAACGUAUGGAGGACUUUAUUGGAACAGUAAAAGGUAAAGCAAUGAAAAAAUGGGUUGAAUCCAUCACUAAGAUAAUCCAAAGGAAAAAAAUUGCAAGAGACAACGGACCGGGUCAUAAUAUUACAUUUCAGAGUUCACCUCCCACUGUUGAGUGGCACAUAAGCAGACCUGGGCACACAGAGACUUUUGACUUACUCACUUUACACCCAAUAGAAAUCGCCCGUCAACUCACUUUACUUGAAUCAGAUCUAUAUAGAGCUGUGCAGCCAUCAGAAUUAGUUGGAAGUGUAUGGACAAAAGAAGACAAAGAAAUUAAUUCUCCUAACCUUCUGAAAAUGAUCCGACACACCACUAAUCUCACUCUCUGGUUUGAAAAAUGUAUUGUAGAAACUGAAAAUUUAGAAGAAAGAGUAGCAGUAGUGAGUCGAAUAAUUGAGAUUCUCCAAGUCUUUCAAGAGCUGAAUAACUUCAACGGUGUCCUUGAAGUUGUGAGUGCUAUGAAUUCCUCACCUGUUUACAGACUAGACCACACAUUUGAGCAAAUACCAAGUCGGCAAAAGAAAAUUUUAGAAGAAGCUCAUGAAUUGAGUGAAGAUCAUUAUAAGAAAUAUUUAGCAAAACUCAGGUCUAUUAACCCACCAUGUGUGCCUUUCUUUGGAAUUUAUCUCACUAAUAUCUUGAAAACAGAAGAAGGCAACCCUGAGGUCCUAAAAAGACAUGGAAAAGAGCUCAUAAACUUUAGCAAAAGGAGGAAAGUAGCAGAAAUAACAGGAGAAAUCCAGCAGUACCAAAACCAGCCUUACUGUUUACGAGUAGAAUCAGAUAUCAAAAGGUUCUUUGAAAACUUGAAUCCAAUGGGAAGUAGCAUGGAGAAAGAAUUUACAGAUUAUCUUUUUAACAAAUCCCUAGAAAUAGAACCACGGAAUCCUAAACCUCUCCCAAGAUUCCCAAAAAAGUAUAGCUAUCCACUAAAAUCUCCUGGUGUUCGUCCAUCAAACCCAAGACCAGGUACAAUGAGGCAUCCCACACCUCUGCAACAAGAACCAAGGAAGAUUAGUUACAGUAGGAUUCCUGAAAGUGAAACAGAAAGUACAGCAUCUGCACCAAAUUCUCCAAGAACACCGCUCACACCUCCUCCUGCUUCUGGUGCUUCCAGUACCACAGAUGUUUGCAGCGUGUUUGAUUCUGAUCAUUCAAGCCCUUUUCACUCAAGCAGCGAUACCGUCUUUAUCCCGGUUACACUGCCCCAUGGCCCAAGAUCUGCUUCAGUAUCCUCUAUCAGUUUAACCAAGGGCACUGAGGAAGUGCCUGUCCCCCCGCCUGUUCCUCCCCGAAGACGACCAGAAUCUGCCCCAGCGGAAUCUUCGCCAUCUAAGAUUAUGUCUAAGCACUUGGACAGCCCCCCAGCCAUUCCUCCUAGGCAACCCACAUCCAAAGUCUAUUCACCACGAUAUUCAGUAUCAGACCGGACCUCUCUCUCAGACCCUCCCGAAAGCCCUCCCUUAUUACCACCACGAGAACCUGUGAGGACACCCGAUGUCUUUUCAAGCUCACCACUACAUCUCCAACCUCCCCCUUUGGGCAAAAAGAGUGACCAUGGCAAUGCCUUCUUUCCAAACAGUCCUUCUCCCUUUACACCACCACCUCCCCAGACCCCUUCUCCUCAUGGCACGAGAAGGCAUCUGCCAUCACCACCAUUGACACAAGAAGUGGACCUCCAUUCCAUUGCUGGGCCGCCCGUUCCUCCACGUCAAAGCACUUCUCAACAUAUCCCUAAACUCCCUCCAAAAACUUACAAAAGGGAGCAUACACACCCAUCCAUGCACAGAGAUGGACCGCCACUGUUGGAGAAUGCCCAUUCUUCCUGAAUUCCUCUGAACUGGGAGGUCCAGUUUCCUGGCCCCAAAUCCAUUGCUGGCAAUGGAUGCACUGAAUGUGCCAGCACUGAGGAGUUAAAUGAGAACUCCAAACACUAAUGACUCUACUUCAAGAUGCAGUAUAAGACAGUGAAUUUUAAAGUAGUUUUAAUUAUGAAAUGAAAUGGUAUUCCAAUUUUAGUUUAUGGAAAGACUGAUGCAGAGGAAUUGGACAACUGAUUGCACCUGAAAGCCAAUUGAAGGGACUUCUCAUUGCCAAUAAGCAAGUCCUUACUUUGUGAAGUGAUCUUUACCGUUAAAGGGACGGGAACAUAGUCUAGUGUCCAGCAGGCCCACAUGAUGACAGUUUUUAUAAUUCAAAAUAUUAUGCACUUUUAAAAAAUUCUUAAACAGGGAUUUUACUAUCAUCCUUUGUUUUCCUUUGCUUUACUCUUCUACUUUAGAAUAUUUUCAUAAAAAAUCAUACAAAGGACUGUGAGGAAAGGCUGUGGUACCUGACCUUGUUGAUAUCAAGGCCCAGCACUGUACAGCAGUCCUGUUUACAGAUUAUUACAGUGAAUUGAAUGGGUACCGAGGCUUCACCAAAGAGGUACUUUUUGUUGUUGUUGUUGUUUUAAAAAUAAUUAUACCGAUUUUAAGAACAUUCCCCAUCUGUCCCCCCACACAAACAAAACGUGGUGGUGUUGCCUUCAAAGGAGAAGUUUUGUGUCAUUGACACAAUGGAAGAACUUUUGAAGAAUUGUUACCGUCAAGUAUACUACUUAACAUUUAGGAGACUGUUAACCUACACUAGAUUGUCCCCCCUCCCCCUUUUCCCACAAAGGUUUACUGGUAAGACAUGUCCUGGCUCGUAGCUGUCCCUCUAACCAUACUAUGGAAAUGUAGGCACCCAAUGUGAAAUGGAGCACUUGCUGGGCAUCACUGACACCAUUCAUAUUUUACUUGUAGUCGAGUAGUCAGCAUACCUAGACUUACCUUCUUGCAUUGCCUAGAUCAUGUGUAUAUAAUGAAUGUUAUAUAAUAUACCUGGCAGGUCUGUUUUAAUUUAAUUGAAUAAAAAUACAAAUACCUUGUUUGGCUGGCAUAUAUUAAAUUAUUAUAUGGAGAAAAUGGUUGAUUCUUUUUUCAUUCAGUUGAAACACACACACGAGCACUAAGCAUAGAAGCACGUAUUGUGGUACGCCCUGGUUACUAUUUUUGGAUAUAUGUAUUAAUCUUUAAAGAAUGACCUAAAGUUGCAGUUUGACGUGUAGGAAAAUACUUGAUUAGAAUAGGAUGGAUCUCUUUAAAGCAGAACUUUACAGUUUUUGUUUUGUUUUUUUCCUAAGCAACAUGUAUACAGUUUUCAGGUUUAUAUUGAACAUUCUACCUUGCUUCAGGUCUUCUGCUCUAUCAAAACUCUUCAUUCUAGAACAUCUACCUACAUCAUUGAAAUCUUAAUGUGGAUUAUUCAUUAAGCCUAUGUACUGCUCUUCUAAGUCUAACAAAUACUGUGACUGAAAUGCAUGCAACUUGUUGAAGAGAAAAAUGUUUUAUUAUUCUCAACUAUAAUGUCUGUGAAAUGUGAAGUAUUCCAUCCUUAGAGCAUCAUCAGUAUCUGCAUGUGUCCGCUGAAUAAUGAAGCAACAUUUCAGCAUUUCUGUUAACCAUGUGGUUAGAAGUGCCACAUCAUGGUGGACACUUAGUACUUUAAUAAUUUUUUGUCAUAUUUAUUAGAGCAUUAAAUGUACAUCAUGAUAGUACAAUGUAUAGUCCUAUAAGACCAGAAAGUAUGUUAAUUGCAUCAUUAAGCAGUCCAUCCUAUCAUAUCCUUUCUUAUUUAUUUGUUAGAGUUGAGUCUUUUUUGUUUAGUAUCCCUGCCAUUCCUAAAAUAGUAGCCAUUUUUUCUUUGUAAUAAUGUCUCCUCUUUAAAAAGUGUCCUAAGAUGUUGAUUUCAAAUCCCCUCUUGGAUGCAAAGUGUUCAUAUGAGCAUUCAUUUAAUGAAUAUUAUCUAUGCCUACUUAGUAUUGCUGCUACAGUUAAUUGUGAUACACAUUUCAGAAUCUCCCAUGGCUUUUUAUUGGGCCAGCCUAACUGUCUAUAGGAUUAUCCUUUUUAUGACUUACUGUUUUUUGGCUAUCCCAUCCUUACUCCAAACGAGAACCUGAGAAAAGUCACAUUGGAGUCACAUUCAGUAUCACUGGCGAGUGUGUUAACCUUCAGUAAGGUGAUGACCACCUCAUCCUAUAAAGAAAAACUGGAUUGGAAUUCUAAUUCUAUUUCUCCCAAAGGGAAUCAUUCUUUUACCCCGUGGUUCUAGGAGACCACUUCACUGUGCAACAGUUUUAUAUGCAUUGUGAAUAGAGGAUAUUUUUAUUCUGAAGUGUGGCAUUUGGAUAAAAAUAUUUUCUGUUGUAGUGGUAACUGAGUAGAAAAAUGCCAGUUGAAUGCCCUUAUGUGGAGGUGAAAAACUGUAUUCUUUUUCUUAUGUGAAACAUUAUGUAGCUAAUAAGUUUCUCCUUAGUAGUAACUAAAAUGAACUUAAUCAGGGACAAGCAGUGGCAGAAAAAAAAUAAAUGCAUCAUUACAAAAUUUGGCUUUUUGAAUCCAAGACAUAAGGUAAUCAGUGCAGCAUGAUCUUUUAUUACCCACAUUCCAAAAUGUGGAAUAUUGCAUUAUCUUUGGAUCACAAAAUGAAAGGGAUAUUUCAAGGCUGAACUUAACUUAGUGGGCUUAUAACCAAUAUAAUACGAAGGGAAGCUUUUCACAUCGUAAGCACUUUCUAAAACAAGAACAGCUAAUGUUUUCAAACAUUCAAAACCUGAGGUCAUAUAUUUCUCAGUCCUCCAAAUGUAAGACUAUAAAUGAGUCUUAAACAAUUGAAAGUUUGCUUAACUAAAGAUUGUUGGGCAUCAAAGUAUAUGUAAGUAGGUUUCUAUAACUCAUGGAUGUAUUUUAAUGAGUGCGUUGAGAGUAUACACACACACAAUCAGCAAAACAGUCUAGCAGCAAGUACUAUUUCAAUGGGAGGCUAUAUUAUGGUUCUGAAUUCUUUCUUAAUGUCAUCAAAAAUCAGUUUAUACAAAACAAAAAUUCAUGGGUAUUUAUUGAUCAUAAUCCUUUGUAAUUCUCAAGUUUAGCUCACUUCAAUCUUUAAUUUCACUGUCUCAAUAUGAUGACUUAAAUUCAGAUUAUUUAGUGGCUCAGCAAUAUAAAUGGAGGAGAGUUGUCUCAAUUUUCUAGUAUUGUACAUACUGAGGAAGCUUUUUUUCUUUUUCAGAUUCAGAAACAGUUAUUUCUUGGUAUUCUGCUGCUGUGGAUAGGUUUACCUAUUCUUUUGACCUAUAUUGUGUGACUAUUGAGGAUUAUAAGUGUAUUGAACAUUAAUCUUUACCAUUAAUUACACAAUACAAGGUUAAUGUUGGUUUGGCUGAAAGAAUUAUGGAGUAAAGUUGUAAGGGAAAAUGAUGACUUUGUUCAGUAUUUUCUCUUUAGAAACAUUCACUACUUUUAAAAUCAUUUCAAAAUCCCCUAUACAUGAGCCCAUGAAAUAUUCUGAGUUUGAAUUAAGAAAAAAAAGCAUGAAGUCUAUGAUAAAUGUAAACAACAAAAGUACUUGUAUCUUCUCUUAUAAAUUUCAUGCCUUAUUUUCCAUUUAUGACACCGUAAAGUGCAUUUUCUGUCAACUGUGAGCAAAUUUCCCUUUUGCCUUUAAUGAAAAUAGUGCAUUAAAUAGCCAAUUGCUGCAAUUAUAAAGCAAGCUAGCUAAAGGUGGGUCACAUUGGACUGCCACUCAAAGAAUCAAGAUUCAUAAAGAUGGAAGUUACGUGUGGUGUGGCUUAGAGCGCGCGCACCUGUGCCAGAUGCAUGCCACUUUCAGUAGCUGCCAAAUGUGCCUUUAAUUAAGAACAUCUCUUAAUUUUUUUCUUCAGAUCAAGUCAGCAUUUGGGGGCGGGAUUAGGGCAGGGGACUUUGGGGUGCAAAUACCUGGUGAGACCACCAGACAAUUUGUUUGUCAAAGUGACAUGUAUAAUUUUAGUUGAGAUGUGUCUGUUUAUAUGUGUACUUGCCUUUGUUUAGUAGCACGGUUAUUUGCUAAGAUAAUUGUCAAAAAAUGCUCUGUCUUACUUUGAUGUAAGAACAAAGUGUGGUCUAUACAUCUACUAUGGCCUUUGUACCUAACCAUGUUUGUAGGUAAUCUUUGUACUCUGUGUGCAGCAGUAUUUGGUUUGCGUUUAAAGUGAAAAUAAUGGCUGUUAUUUUUCUGGCAUUACUAAGAUAAACUGAAAAAUAAUAAAGAAAAAUGCCUUACAUAG